AACAACAACAAAAGAAAAGGAAAAAACGAUAUAGAAAGAAACGUUCGAUUACACGCGUUCCGUUUUAUAUAAAUAUAAAAAUACAUCACUUAAUCACUUUACACACACAACCAAAAAAAAAGAAAUCCAGAUUUCAAAAAAUAGAUUCAUAGGGACAAGAACAAAAAAGGUGGUUUUGUUUUGUGUGUUUUGACCAGAGAGGGUCAACGAAUAAAAAUGUCUUGGAUCAGUGCGGCGGAAUCGUCUCCGAAUGUGUCUCUGUUAGAGAAUGGCGGCGGCGGAGGAGGAAGUGAAAAAGCGACGACGGGUGGGGAGACUUCGAGGCGUGUGCGGAGAACGGAGUCUGCGUCGUCGAUGAUAAGGAAGAGAUCGGAUCUGAAGCUCAUCUCCAGAGUUCCUUGGGAGUUUCUGAGACGAAUCUUGACGAAUCUUCAAGAAGUUCUCCUCGGCACCAAACUCUUCAUUCUUUUCCCGGCCGUUCCUCUCGCCGUCGUCGCUCACCGUUAUGGUUGUCCACGUGCGUGGGUUUUUGCGUUGAGCUUGCUGGGAUUGAUUCCUUUGGCCGAACGUAUCAGUUUCCUCACAGAGCAAAUUGCUUUCCAUACCGGUCCAACAGUUGGGGGAUUAAUGAACGCGACUUGCGGGAACGCGACGGAGAUGAUAAUAGCGAUUCUAGCGGUAGGACAAAGGAAGAUGAGAAUAGUGAAACUCUCACUUCUUGGCUCUAUUCUCUCCAAUCUUCUCUUCGUCUUAGGCACUUCUCUCUUCCUUGGUGGUCUCUCCAAUCUCCGCAAACACCAAUCUUUCGACUCAAGACAGGGAGAAAUGAACUGCAUGUUGUUGUAUCUGGCGCUCUUGUGUCAAACACUACCAAUGAUAAUGAGAUUCACAAUGGAGUCUGAAGACGAUGGAUCAGCUGUUGUUGUCUUGUCGAGAGCAAGCAGCUUCGUUAUGCUCUUCGCUUACUUGGCUUUCCUCAUCUUUCACCUCUUCUCUUCUCAUAUCUCUCCUCCUCCUCCUCCUCUUCCUCAGAGGGAAGAAGAAGAGGACGUAUAUGACGAUGACGUAAGGGACAAGGAAGAAGAAGAAGAAGCCGUAAUUGGAAUGUGGAGUGCGAUUGGUUGGCUUAUAAUAAUGACACUUGUCGUUGCUUUACUCUCCGAGUACCUUGUCUCCACUAUCCAGGACGCAGCAGACUCUUGGGGGUUAUCAGUGGGAUUCAUAGGAAUAAUAUUGUUGCCGAUCGUUGGUAAUGCAGCUGAGCAUGCUGGUGCUGUCAUCUUCGCCUUCCGCAACAAGCUCGAUAUAACUCUUGGAAUUGCUCUCGGCUCUGCAACACAAAUUGCUUUGUUCGUGGUACCAGUGACAGUGUUAGUCGCAUGGACAAUGGGAAUAGAAAUGGACCUUAACUUCAACCUCCUUGAGACCGCUUGUUUUGCCUUGUCCAUUAUCGUUACUUCCUUCAUAUUGCAGGAUGGGAGUUCGCACUAUAUGAAAGGCUUGGUUCUUCUCUUGUGUUAUGUUGUCAUUGCGGCCUGUUUCUUUGUCUCUAACUCACCCUCAACCGAAACCAAUACAACUAAUCUUACAAUGACGAAAAGGUAACUCGACUACCG